GUCAUGGAGUACAAAAAAUAACAGUGGUUGUUGUGCUUCGCCACAUCGUUCUGCACACGGUCUUCAAGAUCUAAUGCUGCCCUCAGAUUGACAAACGACGGUACCAGUUGUGAUUACGAGCGUGGACUAAAGAUAACAAAUACGUCACGCCGUCUAUUUAUUCAAGAGCGGUCCGAUUUCUAUUUUCCUGCUGAGACUUUUUUGAAACGAUGGCUAUGCAUUCCUUCACGAGGCUGCGAUCACCUCCUAGGAAGUUUUGCCGUUGCCACGUGCUGUCGCUAUCCAUAUUCCUUUGUAUAAUUAUAUCGCUCUCGCAGCAAUUAUGCGAAGGAAGGCUCAGCGGAAGAGAUGAAACGGAAAAUGUUGAAGACAUUGUGUACCCGAGAGGAGAUUUUCUUCCUCUAGCAUGCAAUGAAAGGUUAGAUGACGAUCCUUGUAUCACUCCCUGGUCCAGAGUCUUUGGAAACCAGCUAGUGUUCCCGACUGCCGUCGAAAUACCAUGUGGAAAAUGCGUUGUGAUGUAUCCCUUGAAAGAUAGACAACGGCUCACGUUUUCUGGUGGCUUGCGAGUUUUAGGAAAACUCGUUAUUCACUCAAAUGACAUCUUCACUACAUCUAUUCUAGUUCAUGGAGAGUUAGUGAUUGAGUCCCUAAAACCCAUCGACGGUGUUCCAGAUGUUUCAAUUACAUGGAUAGAUACAAAACCAAAUCGCACUCUUUUCUUCCAAUCACCAGAAGGCGGAGAUGAAUCUAACAGUAUUUGUGGGGGAUCAAGGGGUGCUUGUGGUAUGGGACGGAAACCUUUUGUCGUUGCUGGAGGGAAACUCAAUAUUCGUGGGCUUCCAUCGCCCUACAUGCCCACAUGGGUUCCACUUUACGACGUCGAUAGAAGGGUUAGCACGAGCGAGGACCCGUUGGUUUCGAUUCCUGCAAUAGAGGAUACAACGCACAAAUAUAAACCCCCGAAACCGGGUUGUCCAAAAGAUGACUCUCUCAUUCAUUAUGACUAUUUGGAUUCGGAUCUUUCGGACAUUUUCAAAGGUUCCUAUGGUUCAAUAUCUACGUUUACACUGAACGGCGGAUUAAAAGUUACAAACAGAAGUCACUCGCAGCACUGUCCAGUCAUCGAUCUCAACCACAUCAGAAGAUGUUUAGAACCAGAUAAACUAUACCUCAUGACAAUGAAAGUCCUGCUGACACGAGAUGGCAUUGUAGACGAGACUGAUUGCGCGAAGGGAAAAGGCGACGAUCAUUGUAUGUCGAUAUACCAAUCAAGAAUGUCGGCUAGAGGUAUUGGACGCACAACGUCGCUGUGGAAAGAAAGGGAGUCGUUUGGAAGUAUGCUUGGUGAGGAGACAACAAUUGCGGUUGACUUUAACUUUACGAGCAAACAACUUAGUGAAUCAAAUAUUUACGAGAUGAUACAGCUGAGAGGUCCGGGCCCAGGGGUUGAUAUGGAGCUAUUAGAGUUUACCUUAAGAGCUCCUCCGAAAGAAGCUUUUCCCAAAAAUGUGUGCGACGAUUUGGUUCCAACAAACGGCAAUGCGGAACUCCUUGGUUUGUCUCCGUAUCCCUUUCGAACAAACAAUGACGACACUUUUUUGUCAGUAGUGGCCGAAGGAAAUAAUAACUAUUUUGAAGUCACUGGGCGCAAAUUUGCGGCGAAAAAGGUUAAGAAGGGAAGAUCGGCAAACGCUGGUAUUACAUGGGAUAUUCCUCUAUCCUGCAUGAAUGCCCAUGCUAACUACACUUUUCAUGCCGAUGUGCGAAUGCGUUCUCUUGAUCCAGCUAGUUCGGAGUGGAAAAUGAAGGCAUAUUUUCCAGGAAAAAAAAGACCAACUAAGAUCGUAGUUGCAUCUUGCCCAAAAGGAAUGGGAACUUGGGUUGGCUGCGAUGGUGAAUUCCACGUUUCGGAGGACCUCGUCGAAGCCAAUCGUAUUGAAAUUUUUCUGGAAACCGAUGCUUCUUCGUGUGACGUUGACUACGAUGUCGACAACUUAUCGUUCAAACUCGUUGAACGUUCCGUAGAUCAUUUGAUCCUUCCGAAAUCGGUCGAGAAUCUUUGGAGUGUCGGUGCUGAAAUUAUGAUCACUUCUCACACUUCAGAAUGGAAUGGGCAUAGUACACGAAGAAUAAGUUCAAUUGAAAAUCACGAUGAAGAUGGAUAUGUCAGUGUUGGCUUGAACGAGGCUAUUGAUGGUCCACUUACUGUGGGUUCACAUCCUUUUUACGCAACCGAGGUUGCUUUACUAUCACGAAACAUUGUAUUCAGCGGGGAAGGUGGGGCACACCUAACAGUACUGAAAACGCCAGGUCAGGAUCAAAUAAUUCAAGGUGUAGAUUUUAAUGGAUUUGGGGAAGAGGGUGUUCAUCGAUCAUAUCCGAUUUAUUUUGACUCUUGCAACAAUAAUCCAAACUCAAUUGUGUCCAAAAACACUAUUCGUGAGUCAAACCAACGGUGUAUUGUCAUUGACGAAACCAAUAAUAUGCUUAUUGAAGGGAAUAUUGCAUUUGGAAAUAAAGGACAUUGUUUUGUGGUUCAAACAGGAACGGAGGUUGGAAAUGUCUUCAAGUCCAACCUGGGUGCAUUCUGCCAAAAGUCAAAACUGUUACUGUCGGCACGUAAUAACAAGAAAGAAGAGACCGAUGACACGCCGGCUACCUUUUGGAUAGGAAGCCCAUCAAACCAUUGGAUCGGCAAUGUCGCGUCUGGUUCAGAAGGCUCUGGUUUCUGGAUUCAGCCGAAGAACCAUCGUCAAACAGGCUUUGCGGGAAGUUCUCAUAUCUUGUCUUUGACUGAAUUCAGGGACAAUGUUGCUCACAGUACGGAUGAAGAGUCAUUGAAAAUUACCGGAUACAGCCCUACUCAAAUGGCUUCUAUCAAGAAUUUCAGAUCCUACUUGACCAACAAAGGGCACUUCGUUGUCUCGAGAAGCUCCAACAUCGCUGCGGAAAAAACCAUGCUGGACACCCCAAUAGAAUCAGAAUAUUUUCCGAUGAUAGGUACAACUAUAGUUCCAAUAGAGGGAGGGGAGGAAUAUCUUAUUGAGGAAGAUACUGAGGAAGGUUCAUUUCAUCAUAUCUCUUCGAACCCAACAGAUGUAUUUAACUUACAAUCAAGUCCAAGUUUAUUGGAGUGAAAUACCACAUUGAAAGUAUGGGAUUCAUAACAGUCAAUGUAAGACUUCCAUGUAAAAUUGUUACAAAUGAUGAAUAGUGUGCUAUGCUACCAUUCUUAGAUCUGCUGUCACUAUUCUGCUUGUAGCAUUGAGGAAAUAAAAAAAAAACAUCAAGUUAUAUUUAACCUGGUUAACUAGAAGAGGUGAAAGCAAGGACCAUAGCUUCUCAGAAGAAGGGUGCCUCUACUACUACUAGUUGUUCCAAGGGGAAGUAUUGGGAAUAUUCAUACUUGUAUUAUUUUUAUCCAGAACUUGUCCUACUAGAAAAUACCUAGAAUUCAGAAAAAAAAUCCAGCAAGACAGAGAUUUUUCAAUUGUGACAUUUGUCAAUCAAUCAUGACAUUUUUAUUAUUUGAUUCUUGUAGAUCAUGACAUUUUUAUUUUUUGAAUCUUGUAUGGAGUAAUCUUAAAUCUAGUAGCCCUGUGAUUCCAUUUUAUGACUUCUCUCCUGUGACUGUGCUUGAUCCAGUUGUUAAUCAAAAUUUACCUAAUGA